AUGAACACGGCACCGAAUGGCGGCGGGGCCCCAGUGCCCAUGAAGCCCUUUGUGCGCAUUGUCGAACAGCCAGCAAAGUGCGCCAUUCGCUUCCGCUACGAGUGCGAGGGCCGCUCUGCAGGCUCCAUUCCGGGCGUCAACUCCACGGCGGAGAACAAGUCAUUCCCCACAAUUCAGGUGUGCAACUACCGCGGCAAAGCGGUGGUCGUGGUGAGCUGUGUGACGAAGGACCCGCCUUACCGACCCCAUCCACACAAUCUGGUGGGCAAGGAGGGCUGCAAGAAGGGCGUCUGCACGAUUGUCAUCGACAACAACGCAGAGAUGACCUGCACCUUCACCUCACUGGGCAUUCAGUGCGUCAAGCGGAAGGACAUUGAGGAGAGCCUCAAACUGAGAGAGGUCAUCAAGGUGGAUCCAUUCAGAACCGGUUUUAAUCACCGCUCUCAAGCUUCUUCUAUUGAUCUCAACGUUGUCCGACUGUGUUUCCAAGUCUUCAUUGAAGGCCCUGAAAAGGGCAAGUUCACCGUACAACUUCCUCCCAUAGUCUCUGAACCAAUCUACGAUAAAAAGGCCAUGGCAGAGUUGAUCAUCACGAAGCUGUCUCACUACGCUGCGCCGUGCACUGGCGGCAAGGAGAUCAUUCUCCUCUGUGAUCGAGUGGCCAAGGACGACAUUCAGGUGCGAUUCUUCCACGAGACCGUCGACUGUGCGCUGAUUUGGGAGGCGUACGGCGAGUUUCUGCCCAAUGACGUCCACAAACAGGUGGCCAUCAGCCUGCGAACGCCCAAGUACUACGACGAGUCGAUUCAGCAGCCGGUCACCAUUCAAAUACAGCUCCGUCGGCCAUCGGACGGAUGCACGUCACUGUCGAGAAGCUUCCAACUGACACCACGGGAGCUCGACCCGGACGGACUGGUGCGUAAGCGACACAAGCGACUAAAAGAGGAGAACUACGAUCUCCUGCAGGAGUACAUUCAACUGGCCAGUGGGCCAUCAGCUUCGGGACAGAUGGGCGGCGCCAAGCGGUCGGCCAGCGUCAGCUUCACCGCCAACAAGACGCCCGGAUCUCCGAAGAAGGACCUUGUUCAGCAGUUGUUUCAGCAGCAACAACAACAGCAACAACAACAACAGCAACAGGCGUCCACUUCGGCGGCGGUCUCCUCUUCCUCAAGGUCACCCUUUGUCUACGGGCCACCUCAGAGCACACCGGUGCUCGCCCAGCAGUCCACUAUUGUACAGAGCAAUGUACGUAGUAGCAAUGCUUUUGAUUUUAGUUUAUACUAUGAUAUCUAUGGAUGGCCGAAAAAUACAUAA